GCAGCCUUGGCGUCAGCCCAGCUUGUCCUUGGUGUGUCUGGAGUGACGACCGCGCUUAAAACCCGUGUAUACCAGUAGGCUAUCAUGCACUAAACGCUUACCAUGCACUAGCGUAUCGCCAUGCCCAGGUUCUUCCCGGUCGGAUAGCAUGUGUUCAGUGAAAAUUUAUAAGUGACCUCAUGAUAGCAAACUUUCCCCUACUGAAACCAUGGUGACCUCGCCACGGAAUAACCUUUUGGUGACGUCAUCAUCAUCUCUGUGUAACCUAUGCUGCUGACCGUCUGUAUCACAGCACUUGAAGUGGUGAGGAUGAGGAGUGUGAGAGGGCGAGGCUGGGUUCUGGAGGUGCCCCUGCUGCUGCUGCUGGUGCUGCUGCUGGUGACGGCGGUGGUGCUGGCGGGUUCUGGGGCCGGGGGAGCCUCCACCUGCGACAUCUCCGAGUACUCCUGUGACGACGGCGGGUGCGUCUCUCUAAGCCACUUCUGCGACGGCGUCGCCCACUGCACAGACUACACCGACGAGCCACCAGGGUGCUCAGUGUGUAACCGCACGUUCUAUGGCUACGCUGACCACACAUACCUACUGGAGGUGCCGGCGCCCCCGACCUCCCGUGCAGGGCUGCCACAGGCGCCCUCACGCCCGCACCUCCUGAUGGGUGGCUUGUCGUCGGAAGCCUUCAAAUGCAUCCUCACCUUCAACGCUAUCGGCAGGACCCACGGAGAUAUCAUUCAGAUAACCUUCUCCGAGUUUCACGUUGGACAUUUCAACGUUGCUGCUGCUGAUGGAGGACGCGUCGGUGGGUGUGAGGGAGACCACGUGAGCAUCGAGGAGCCCAAGCUUCGAGAGCGUGGAGGCAGGUGGUGCGGGGAGGGAACCGGUCUCAAUGUUUACUACAGCGAGACGGACACCGUGGCGAUCACCCUCCACACUGCCUCCACUAUCCAGGGGGAGUACUUCGACAAUCCCCUCAAGUUCAAGAUCAAGUACAAGUUCCUGCGACGCGAGCGUGCCAUCGUGCGUUACGGACGGGGCGGCGCGACCAAGUACCGGGGAGACGUGGUGCGCAACAGCGCGUGUAGCCGGGUAUUCCAAGGCUGCAGGGCUCGUCAGUGCCGUCUCCAGUCCCCAAACUUCCCCGGGUUGUACCCUCGCAACGUGACUUGCUACUACCUGGUGAAGUCCCUGCCGGCGCCCUCGCCGGAUCUUGUACCCGUGGUCACCCUCAGUCAGGAUAACGACCGCUUGGUACAGGUCGGUCGCAAAGGCCACGGUGGACGUGUCUCGCCAGAGGCUCGCCUUCAGCAGGAUAACGAAUGCCGCGCGCCUGAAGAUUACCUGCUGGUGUACGAUGGCGGGUCGCAGAAAGCGCCGUUGUUAGCCAAGAUGUGUGGUACCGCUACCAUCCCUAACAUCACCUCCAGCGGGCCGGAGAUGUUGGUGGUGUUUCAAACAGCAACUUCGGGCAUGAUGAACCAUCUUGCUAACUUAGUGACGGGGUUUGAACUAGAGGCUCAUGUGUUAUUCAUGAAGCAUAACCCCAAUACCGUAAGCAGCAUGCAGUGCGGACAGAUCAUUAAAAGCUUCGGUAGCAGUAGUGGGGUGGUGCUUAGUCCAAUAUUCGCUCUUCCCGCCAACGCCACCUGCUCAUACGAGUUCCAGGGGCGUAGGGACGAGAUUGUCUGGCUAUAUUUUACCAAAUACCACAGGACACGAAAGAAGGAAAUUAUGAUCAGUUAUACCCCGUGUCGUAACCGCCUGGCUCUCUUCGACGGAAAGAUGUUUUAUAGCAGAGAGUCGGCAAUUUCGUCCUUAAUGGGCGAGUACUGCGAUGAUCAGUUGCCGCCAAUUUGUGUCAGAUCGCGUCAGAAAGGGACAGUGAGCCAGCCGUGUUCGUUUAAAGAGAGCUUUCUCUCCACAGGGCCUUCCCUUUUCGUCUUGCAGGAAUUCACGGACGGAACCAGUCUUCUUCCACUUAAUUACGUCAUUCACUUCGAAUUUGUUAGUUUAUUUCAGUCUGGUAACGAGUCUGGGAGUGACUGUGACAGAGUGUUUACCAGUGCACAAGGCCCUAAGGGACAUUUUAGCUCUCCUAAAAAUGUAUUUCUGUAUGGUCGGGGAGGGAAAUCUUCUCUCUCGUGUAAAUACACCUUUCAGACCUUACCGGGAGAAGCAAUAAAAAUAAAAAUCACGAACGUGGGAUUUCGUGGCAACAUGUGCAGAACGAUUCACAAUUUCCAAUCGAACCUCUACGAAUGCAUCGCACGUCUGCCUGGCUCAGCGGUUCUAGAGUUGUGGGAGGAGCCUUGGGGCCUCACUCGCCUCCCUCUCGGGUGUAUGUGUGAUGCUGGAGUCACGCCCUCAAAUUUUAUCAGCCACACUCGCCUCGUUCAGCUUAAGUUUGCAAUCAAGGAGAUGAACUGGAGCCAGGAUUUCAAUGAUUUUUUCUUCGAUGCCGAGUACGAGUUCACCAGAACGAGAGAAUGUACCGACGAACGAAUCCUAAAGGGCUCGACAGGGUCGAUCGUUAUUCGGAGUGACGAAGAAUUCGCCGAAUGUAACGAAUAUCCUUGGAAGAUCGUGGCUCGUGAGCACAGCCACUUGUACCUGAACAUCCCUGGCUACCAUGCCUCCAGCCAGCGCUGCUCCACAGAGAACAGGGUGGUGGUAUACGGCAGUCAUACAGCCAGACCCAUCAAAGCCGUGUGCCCUGAGGCAGGCGGCACGGAUAGUGUGGACAUAUUCUCAUCGGGUUGGAACACGGCUCUGGAUCUGUCCGAACCACGCCCCGAUAGCCUCAUUAUCCGUUACCUAGCCAGGGAACCCGCUACAUAUAAGCUCACGUGGCUUGAGGUGCGGCGCGAGCCACGCCCCUCGGCGUUGGAGUCCCUGAAGGGCGCGGGAGGGCGUGGGCGUGCCACGGUUGCCUCCUGCCCUCACCAGUGCCCUGAAUUAGAUGCCUGCAUUAGCCCCGAACUGUGGUGUGACGGGGUGAAGCACUGCCCGUCCGGUGCAGAUGAACUCCGCACCACCUGCCUCUACUUCACCGUCCCAUGGCUCUACCUGAUCCUCGGGGCUGUGGCCAUUCUCGUCUGCUUGCUGGUGUUUGCCUCCGCCCUCGUCGCUGUCAGGAUCUACCAAAGAGGUAAAGUCAAGAGGAAGAAGAAAAAAGAGGCCCAAAGAUUGAUGACUCGGGAAGUCAUUCUUCCACUGAACUUCCAGAAGGAAAACAUUUACUGAGGUUGAGAGAAAGAGUCAGUGACACAAAUAGGAAGUUACCUCCUUAGCUCCCCGACUCCGCCUCUCCUCCUCUUACCACAACUGGCCGCCUUGUCAUGGCUAAUUUUUUAUAUCCAGUUUUGUAUAACUUGUUUCCAUGAGAUUCAAUGGUGUUCUUACACUUUGUACAUACUUAUAUAUAUUUUUUGUUUUAAUUUACAGGUAACUAGUAGAGAUAAAUUUUCUAGGUAGAUGAACACUUUGUACACCCACGAAGGUUUUCCCUAGUCGUCUGUGAGAGUAGUGGUGAUAUUUCUACCUAAUAUCAGUCGCCAUGCCUUACAUAUAAAAGGGAGGAAAAUAUGCCCCGUUUCGGAUCCUGUUCACAACUCUUUCAUACUCAUAGACAAAUAGGUCUCGCUCUUCCCACUGAUGUGACACAGCCUAUGGUCUUACACAUCUUGAACAGCGUCUCGAAGCUCUGGCUCUCGAGGACAUAGGGCAUGAUAGUAUUGCAAUAUGGUGUCAUUGAUGCCCCGUUGACCCACUCCUAUAUGCCUGCCACACCAGCUUUCCUUCUGCACACGUCUCUUAAUACCAUUACACAAUAUGCUCUUUGUCUCUAUAUCUGGCUCGAGAUUCUAGCUCACACAAAAAAAACAGGUCCCCAGCUCACCAACUAGAUCAGUGGGUUCAGUCUGUCCGACAUCUGAGUUUGUCUAAAUAAAAAAUAUAUAACAUUGAUGGCAUUUGACAAAAGAAUGAUCACGACCAAAUAAUUAAUUCAUUACAAAAGCUAACUUGAAGCUUGAAUAAGUUAUGUUUACAUAUAACCCCCCCCCCUCCUAUUUUCCUAAAUUUUAAUGAAGCCUAUUCACGCAUAUCUGGCCUAAGACAUCACCUCACACCGUACAUGGUUUAAAAAAAUAAUAUUACCCCCAUGACUCCCAGUCCUCACUACUACUAGCAUUUAAAACCUUUUCCUUAUAAUUUCCACUACCACAAUAAUGAUUCCAAUAUAUUGAUCAAACUCAAAUGUCCACAGCCUUCAGUAACAGGAUAACAACGCAUUAGAUAUAAAUUAUAUAUAAAAACCUAAAAAAAAAUAAUCACUUAUAUUCUUGUCUCACAACCUUAUCUUGCCAAACACAACAGAGGCACUACAUAGUGACCUCAGAAUCCUACCCAAAAAAAUAUAACAGCUCUAUCUCUUCCUUAAAUUGAAUCCUCACCUCCCUUACCCUAAUGAGCUUACUAUAAUCCUCACUUCCCGUAUCUACUGAUCUUCCUAUUAUCUUAACCCCUACCCCCCCCCCACACUGAUCAUAUUAUACCCUUCAUUUCCUUCACCCUACUGAUCUUACUGUAAUUUCUUCAGACCACAAAAACACACUGAACCACGGGCUUGGUCCAGGCGGACAGGCAGGACCAGCACUCACAGAACACUCCCAUGUAGAGUUGCGAGAUUUGCACUCACUCUUAUCAUGCCGCUUAGUCGGUAUUUACUGUACAGUUUACGGGAUCCGAAGCGCUACGAGUUCGGUCUUAAACUAAGGUUGUGAUUUUUAUGGUCGGAUUCGUAGCUCUUCGAUGCUCAUAAACAAUUUAGUACAUUCUAAGCUGCAAGAUUCGAGAAAAGAGGUACACAGCUCUCACCAGUCGAAUCGUAACCACUCUGUGAAUCCUGGUCCAGAGGUCACUUAACCCGAGACUCAACUGACCUGGUUCUUGUAGCAGGAGGGAGACUGUGAUAAACACCCCCGGGUCAGUGUAACAGAAUCACUUGUUUUAUUAAGAACAGGGGAAGACUUUUGAACUGUUGGUUUGUGAAUUUCUGGCCUGUGCUUUUAGAAUGUAAGGGGCUGCUUCAAAUACAUUAAAUUAUAUGAAUGUGUAUAAAAUAAUUUUGUAUUUAUAAUAUGGCCAAAUGUAAUUUACAGAUAUAAGGAAGUAUGUUACGUAUUUAUUACAGGGAUAGUGACUAGGAACUUUAAAAUUAUUUCGAAUGUUGUCGAUGUAUGCAAAGCAGCUUUUUAGAUUCUCAUGGCGUAUGCCUGUUAAUACACGAAAGAAACAUGAUUUGCACAAAACACCACGACAAAGUGUUCCCUUCUAGGUUAGUACGUGGCUUUUACUGAACAGGGAGAGAGACGGUGAAAUUCUAACCAUUAUUGUGAUAAAAAAAGAAAAAAAAGAUUUAAACAUUUAAAAAAAAAGCGUAUUUACACAUAUCGAAAGCUGUUUAAUGUUUGGUUGUAGUCAGGUGUUUAAAGUGUGGAACUUUGCCAAGGUAGCUUAUAUAACGUGUGAAAUGAGAUGUGUAUGUUUUAUGAGAAAGAACCGCCCUUGAAAGAUAUCUGCCAAAAGCGGCUGUUUUUAAUAUUUGAUAAUUUCUGAAGUCUAUGAGGUUCUCCAGAGUGUGGUCACAGCUGCGAUUUGUACUUGGUUCUCUUAUAUCAUGUCCAGCAGCCUUGGAAUGGCACAAAUGAAACUGGGCUCUUACUCGUCACAAUCUAAAUCGUGAUUUAUUUGAACAGAUCAAAUGAAAAAUUAUGCAAAAGCAUAUAUUAAAUUUUAUGUGAGAAAAAUAAUCCGUUAUGAACCAUUUCUUGUUUAGUUCAGAUGCAACAUAAUAUACGAUUUUUUUUAAUAGUCUUUCUGAAAAUAAAACAUUAUUUGAACGAAUUUUUCAUAAAAUUUGACCUAAUGACUGCGUAAAGUCUACAAUAAUUUGAGACGCUAUCCACUAAGACUUCAUCAACUUGUUUGAGUGAUGUAAUAUAUAUACAAGAGAUUCACUCUAGACAAAUAAUGCUUUUUGAGUGAAGAGGAACUUACGGUGAUUAAAUUUACCACACGAUUGAAAUUAUUUCGUUAAUCGAAUCGUAAGAAAUCAGGUCCUUGCACGAGGCAUUUACGAUCCCAAUUGGCAUCUCUUCCUUUGUUAAGACUUCCAGACAUGUUGAUAAAAUUAAUUUAAUGAGAAUAGCAUCAGUGACUACAUUCAUUUAUAUUUAUUAUAUAUAUAUAUAUUUAGUCAUUUAAAAAAUUAAAAACAACAAUAAUUUUAUUUAAUCAGAGAAAAUAUACAAAUAUUCUUAGUAAAGGUAUUUAAUAAUUAGAAUUGUAUUAUUUGUAACAAAAAAAUAAAAUUAGAUAUUUCCAUUGAACAAAAAUGUUAUAUGUAUUAGGCCAUUCUAGUGUCUGUUGUAGAGGUCACGGUAUGGCAGUAUCUUUCCGUGGUGAUCAGUGUGUCCUGUGCAGGGGAAUACGUAAGGAUAUUUAUGGAAAUGUAGCGACCCCCAACACGUGUUCUAAAUGUUACUGUAUUUUUGUACCGUAAUUUUGUAGAAUGAGUAUUUUUGCAAUAAAAUGGUGAUGCCAAAGAACA